AGAGAGAGAGAGAGAUUUCUGUAUUAACUCUGUGACUGCUUAUAGUGCUUCAAAAUCUUGAUCACAACUUAUGUGUAAAGAUAAGAGGAAAUGCCUAUAUUGACCAUGUUUACAUGGGGAAAUGAUAGCAGUCAGAGAUAACAUUUGGAUACACAAUGUAUGUAAUUAAAUGCAUAUAGUCGCAUACAGAUGUUGAGCAGCUGUUAACACUGAGGUUUUUUUUGUCACAUGAUAUAUGUAAUAUAUACAAGUAUACAAUGUAAGAACGUGUAUGUUUGUUUGGAUUUGUCCAAUCUGUGAAAUAAUAUCACAAACAAGAUUUAAUGAGGAGGAGGAAAUUGAAAGUAGGUGUGACUCUAACCAGGUGAAGAUGGAGAUGAACAGUGGGCUGACCUUCCUCAAUAAGGACACUGAUGACCAGAUGGUAAUCAGUGGUUACAGAGUAAACAAAGUAAGGAGAUGGAUGGUGUAUGUAGGGUAUUUGCUGACUGGUGGAAUUCUACCGUUGGUGUUGUACUGGUGUCCACAUUGGUAUAUCAAGUGUACGCAUACUGUAACACAGCUCUCCGAGGCCACUAAAGUCGUACUUAAGGAUCAGUAUGAGCAGUGGUUUGUUGCUGAAGUCGUGCUGGUCACAAAAGAUGGCACAAGAGUCAAAAUAAUCCGUCCCACCCCAGCAUUCUCCUUCUCUAAAAGAAGACGGAAAGCUACGGCGGACAUUUUACUUACAGGACAUGAUGAAAAUCUAAUGAGAUAUUUCGUUGUGAAGAAAGUCAAGUAUUGCUGGAAUAAUGAAUCUCAGGAGUUUGAGAAACUCAAAGGUUUGGAGAAUAACAUGACCUGUUCACAGCUUCAUGCUCUCCAGGGAUUGUCUGCUACAGAGCAGUGUCGCAGGCGAAUUACAUACGGUGCCAACUCUAUUGCUGUUCAUGUUAAACCAGUAGUACACCUGUUGUUCAAAGAGAUUUUAUCUCCAUUUUAUGUGUUCCAAGCCUUCAGUGCCUCAGUGUGGUUUUCUGAUGAGUAUGAAAUCUACGCUUCUUGUAUCGUCUUCCUGUCCACGUUAUCCAUCAUUGUCUCCAUUUAUCAAACCAGAAAAAUGCAAAGAGCACUGAAAAACACAAUUCAAUCCUCUACGGUUGUGAGUGUCUGUCGAGAAAAUAAUGAGUUUGUUGACAUCCAUUCUGAUGAUCUUGUUCCUGGCGAUAUCAUUGAAAUCCCACGGCGAGGUUGUAACAUGCAGUGUGACGCUGUACUACUGACAGGAAACUGCAUCGUCAAUGAGAGCAUGCUCACAGGGGAGAGUGUGCCGAUCACAAAAACACCUCUUCCUAAUCCAGGAGGUCAUGAAGAGGAGGACUCUGAUGUAAAAUUCAGUAUGAAGGAGCACUCAAAACAUGUGCUGUUCUGUGGAACUCAAGUUAUUCAGACUCGUUUCUAUGGCAACCAGAAAGUUAAAGCUCUUGUCAUCAGAACAGGGUUUUCCACAUCUAAGGGAGAUUUAGUCAGGUCUAUCAUGUACCCAAAGCCAGCAGAUUUCAAAUUUGAGAGGGACACAUACAUUUUUGUGGGUGUGCUGGCCAUUAUUGCUGGCUUUGGAUUCAUCUACUCCAUUGUUCUGGAGGUUCGUAAUGGUGAGGAUACCUCUGACAUCAUUCUUCAUGCACUUGACAUCAUCACCAUUGCUGUUCCUCCGGCACUUCCUGCCGCCCUGACAGUGGGUAUCGUGUUUGCUCAGCAGAGACUAAAGAACCUGAAGAUCUACUGCAUCAGUCCUCGCUGCAUCAAUGUGUGUGGAGGCAUCAAUGCUGUCUGCUUUGAUAAGACUGGGACUUUAACAGAAGAUGGCUUAAUGAUGCAGGGAGUUGUACCCGCCAAUGAUAGCAGUUUUGAAGAUGAGGUGCUAGAUCCAAGUUUUUUAAAAGCAAAUCCGCUACUAGUUGGCAUGGCAACAUGUCACUCUCUGACAAUCAUUGAGGGCAGCAUUACAGGGGACCCAUUAGAUGUCAUCAUGUUUAACAGCAUUGGCUGGGUGUUGGAGGAGCCAGGGGAAGAAGAAAGCCGCUUCGACAUGAUGGUCCCCACUGUGGUGUAUCCUAGUACCUCACCACUCAAGUUCAAGGAUGAUCUUCAAUAUGGAGUGAUCAGGCAGUUUACAUUCUCCUCAGCACUGCAGAGAAUGUCAGUAGUGGCCAGAAACUUAAAUGGACAGAGUUUCGAGCUUUAUACAAAGGGGGCUCCAGAAAUGAUUGCCUCCCUCUGUAAACAGGAAACAGUGCCUCCAGAUUUUCACGAGAAACUGAUGUCUUACACUCAGCAUGGCUAUCGAGUCAUUGCCAUGGCAUGGAAAGAACUGCCUUCCAAAAUCAAUUAUGUCAAAGUUCAAAGAAUACAAAGAGAGCAGGUAGAGAAAGAUCUGAUUUUUCUGGGUCUGAUAGUAAUGGAAAACAAACUAAAGCCUGAGACUACACCAGUAAUUAAUGAACUAAGGGAGGCCAACAUCAGGUGUAUCAUGGUCACAGGCGACAAUGUCUUAACAGCAGUCAGCGUAGCCAGAGAAUGUCGCAUGGUAGACACCGCUGAUCAGAUCAUCGUAGUGGAGGCAGCUGUCAGCAAGGACAGCAAGCCGAUGCUGAACUUUGUGUAUGCUGAUGAUAAGACAAAGCCAGUGGAGGAAGUCAAGAGUGGGGAGUCCGGCAGUUUGAUUCAGAUAGAAGAACUGGACCAGGUGUUUCACUUUGCUGUGGAGGGCAGGUCUUGGGCCGUACUACAAAAACACUACCCAGAGAUACUGCCCAAGAUUGCAGUCAAAGGAACUGUGUUUGCAAGAAUGUCACCAGAGCAGAAAGGUCAGCUAGUGGAAUUACUGCAAGAACUUGGGUAUUAUGUAGGAAUGUGUGGAGAUGGUGCUAACGAUUGUGGAGCACUUAAGAUGGCCCACGCUGGAAUAUCUCUGUCUGAAGCCGAGGCUUCCGUCGCCUCACCUUUCACCUCCAAAGUCCCCAAUGUCAAGUGUGUCCCCAAUGUCAUCAGGCAAGGACGAGCUGCGUUAGUGACAUCCUAUGGUAUUUUCAAGUACAUGGCCUGUUACAGUUUGACCCAGUUUGUGUCGGUCUCCAUUUUGUACUAUAUAUCAGCCAGUCUCACUGACCCGGAGUUUCUGUACAUUGAUUUGUUCCUCCUGUCCACUCUCAGCAUCACAUUUGGCAGGACAGAUCCGUAUCCAGAGCUGGCCAAGGAACCCCCACCUAUCAGUCUGACCAGCAUCUUCCCUAUCAUGUCAUUAGUUCUACAGAUGCUUAUACAGACAGCAGCUCAGACAUUCUGUUUCCUUCACAUCAAAUCACAACCAUGGUUUGAACCAUUUGUGGAGAAUCCUGAUGACAACUACUGGAGCUAUGAGAAUACAGCGGUGUUCUCCAUGUCGGCCUAUCAAUACAUAAUUCUGGCCAUCACCUUCUCCAAGGGAUUCCCGUAUCGCAGAAACAUGUUUACAAACUAUUGGUUCUUGGUCAAUGUUGUGGUUUGUGUGUUGGUAACUUUAUGGGUCACAAUUUAUCCAGAACCUAAGGGAUUUCAAGAGGUUAUGGAGCUUCGUUCACCAGAAUCAAUAAGCUAUCGACUACUGUAUGUUGGGAUAGCAGCUGCCAACUUCUUAUUGUCGGUGCUUAUUGAGACUUACUUCCUUGACAACCCAUAUUUACGAAAUCGAUGGUCACGAUUUGUGGACCGCUGUCUUCGACACACAGAAGUGAAAUACAAGACAAUAGAAAGGGAAAUAAUUGAAGCCCCAGACUGGCCUCCCAUUGAUAAAACAGCAGAAGGUGUGGCAAAUGGUUAUAUGAGAUUAGACAGCAUGAAUUCUAUUCAAGGAGUCAACAUUUAUCACCCCUCCGAUUCCGAAUCUGAUAUCAAAAGCCUGACAUCUGUUUCUUCUCAAAAGGUUGCAACUAAUACACAUCGAAAUUGUGUCGAUAAAUCUGCAUUCAACCAAGGGUCUUUACCCUGCAUUGUGCAAAAUUCCAAGGAUACUACCUCUCUGAGACAGACUCGGAAAUCUCGGACAUUGAGCGAGUCGGCUGUAGACAAUGCUGAAGGGACGACUAACGACGACAUUCUUCUGUCUGAUGAAAUCACAUCUUUAGCACAUGCCCGGUCCAGAGAUAAAGUUUCCAACAGUUCCAGUGCUAUACCCCUGAUUGAUCCACCCCCAGGUAGAAAGAAAACUUUCGGAUCUCAAGAAGACACAAAAAUCUGCUAGCAUUGCAUUUAUGUUAGUUUCUUAUCGAUAGUGGAAUUUUGCUGUGACGCUGUGUAGAAAACUUUGUCUUUUCCCCCCAUUUUUAUUUUUAAUUACGAAAAAUCAUAGGAAACUAGAAAUUGUUAUAUUAAAGAAAAGCAAUUAUUAAUAGCUUUAAUCCACAGGCAGUUAUAUCACUUAUACUCUGUAAUAGUAAAUUUGAACCCAAGCAAUAUAAUUGCCUGUGCUUUAAUCUGAUACAUGUAUACAGUGAAUGUUAUCUAAUUGGGAAAAUCAUGAUAUGCUGCCAACAAUUUGUCAGGUGCUUCUGUAGGCAAUGUUGCAUACUGAAAUAUACAUGUGUUUCUGCAGAAAUCAGUAUCACGUUAUAUGUGUACAUGACGCUAACCACCAGUCAGAGUGAACCUUAUCAUGGAGAGGUGGAGUUUGUCACCAACAGUGAUUUUUAAUGUUGAGAAAGUCCCCCUUGUCAGAAAAUAUCUCAACUGGGCUAAGAAAUUGAAACAGACACAAUGGUGAAAUGUCAUACUUGUUUCUAAAUAGUAAUAUAGAUGUGUGUGUGCACAGGACAUGGAUGAGCCUGUCUUCAUCUUCAAAUGUCUUUUCCCAGAGGUUUGCUGUGAUAGUCUUGAGUGAAACGUGUGUAUGUGUGUAAAUUAGAUAGAGAUCUAGUUUUGAUGAAGGUCUUUCAAUGUUUAGCUUUACCAAAAAAAUCUGAUUUCAAGGAUUUAAAAUGAAUUUUACAAGUUCUAUGUUCAGAACCAUUUUUUCCAUGCUUUUUUAUCUGCUUUGAUCUCAGCUUUUGUUUUUUAGGGUGCUUGAGCCUUUAUUGCAAUACGUUCCUGUCCAUUGUUGUCUGUAAACUUAUAUUUUUCACUUAUUCUUGGAAACCUUUGAACCAGUUCUGGAAUAUGUAUUUUUAAUUUAAAGGUACCCAUCCACUGGAGACUAAUUAGGGAUGGGGCUAAAACCUCCAAAUAUUGUUAUCUUUACCAAAACAAAAAAAAGAACUUCAUUUUAUUUAUAUACACUUAACAUGUAGCAAACAAACUGAAAGCAUAGUUGUUUAAUAUUAGCAUUGGUGGUUUCUACAAAAUGAUGAAAUUUAUCGCUCUUGGGUCAAGCAUUCGGACUAUAUAGAUUCGGACCCAUGUAGAUUAUGUACUGGGAGAAGGUUUAUAUAGGCUCUGCCUGAUCAUAUUAUGUUAUACAGUACAAAAUAAAAUAUUAUGUACUAAAAAUGUGUUCAGAUAAUCUUAAAGAGGCAUUAACAACCAAAGUCGUGUUUGCCAAUUAUUACCAAAUACAUAAAAUCACCACGGACGUCAAAAUUUCAACAUAACUCUUUUUUUCCCUUCGUUUUUAUAGAAACAAUGCCAGAGAAGUACAUAUAGGCGUAGUUCAAUGCAGAGAAAUUUGUAUCUUUUUCUGGAGAUUCACUAGAAGUUCACACUUUUUUUGGACUUGAGAUUGAUUUAUUUAUUUAUUUUGUUCAUUUUAAUCAAACAUAUUCCAGCAUUAACCAUAGUUUCUUUACAGUAUUAAACUUGUAAUGGUUUUUACACUUAUUAGUUUAUUUGUCUUGUUUGCUUAUUUUUCAAUUUAUGAAUGUUUUCAGUAUCCCUAUAAAAUUAUUUUGUGUGAGUCUUGUAUGUAUCUCUGUCUAAGUUAUCGUGAUUGUACAUGAAUUGAAUAAUUUUUACUCUUUGUAUAUCUUCAAAAGAUUUUUUUUUAAUAUGAAAAUGCUACAUUAAUGUAGUAAUUUGUUUUAGAAAUAUACGUACAUGUAUUAAUGUCUUGAGGCAUCGUCAGCUGUAUCUCGUAAUAGGAAGAUCCCAAUUCUUACUCGUCUGAAAUAAUAAAUGUUUUAGUUUUCUGUGUCAGCACAAAUAUAAGUUUCAAAUAUUCUUGAAAAAGUACUUUUAGAAUUUUUUUUUUAUGUUUUCAUAGAUAAAAAAGUUGAAUAUGCAUAUAGACUGUGUGUAAUGUACUAUAGAUCACUUUUAUUUUGUAAGACCAUAUUUUUGUGAGGAUACACUGAUUUAUUAGUCUACUGGUUUGUAAAACUGAAGGGGACUAUAGCUUUCUUUUCCAUCUGUCAGUCUGUCCCAUUGGUUUUCUGACUUUUUUCCAUUAUGCGUAUGAGGAUUCAUUUGAAACUUGCAGUGUAGUUUCAGAGUGGCAAAUUAAGGAUCAAGUUUGAAUUUCGUAAAGUUUAAAGAAAUCAAUUUUUUAUAUUUUACAUUCUAAAUUUAUAUUCAUUGGGAUCAUGUUCUGAUGGAAAAGCUGUAAAAGUAGGACAUCUGGAUAGAGGCAGUUGAUGAAAGGACGCUGAUUGGGUAAAAAAUCAAUUAAUUUUAUAUUUCAAGCUCAUUAAUCACAAAUGGAACGUAUCAAUGAAAAUAUAUCAAAUCUGUUAAUCACGCGAGUUUUUAUCUGUAGUUGGUUAGCGAAGUACUCAAUUUACCGACUGAAAUUGCGUGUAUUAAAAAAAAAGGCAAACAGUGUGUCGCACGAUGACGGACUACCAAAUUUUCUUGGUUGUUUUUAUAAAUAUAAUUAUCAGACCCAAAUUUACUGUAUGACAUUUAGAAUAUAUGCUACAUGUUUAUGAAAUGAAUUUUAGAAUUAUAAAGUUCUGACUAAGAUUAUUUUAUCCCAGAUAAAAACUACAUGAAUCAACUGUAUGAACAAGGAAACAUCAAACUAAUUCAAUAUUGGUGAACAUGGUGACUUGGUACCGAUAUUUUAGGUCACAGUUCAUAUAAUCAAAGGUCAAACAACAUCAAAUGUACAUUAUCCAUCAAUUAAUGGGGGCGCUGUUAAGGGGACAUGUAUUGCUUAUGUAAUACUCCCAGAAUGUGUGUUUAUUCAAGAGACACAUCUUUCGCAAAUUGUUAUUUAGUGCUUACAACUUCUAUAUUGCAGAGUUUAUUCUCGAGAGCUAGAAUUUUUUGAGAAUGAAUAGUCUCACGAAAUAACUUGUUGAUAAUGUUCUUGUGAAUGAAAUGUGAUUUACAGUAGUUGAUAGUCAGAUAUACCCAUGUGCCUUAGGCAUUUAUAGUAGCUUGUAAAUCUCAUAAAUAUCCAAUGUGUUCAAUAGAUAGUUAUUCAUUUAAAUCACAGCUAUGCUAGAAUUCAGUGACUGAAUGACAAUGUCAGCUGUCUGUGGGACCUUUAGAAGUGUGCCUAUGGAGUGUUUGUGUGUGUGUGUUGAUAUGUCCUAGAGAGGCAGCACAGACAGGAUGCAAAAGCAGACAUGAAAUUGCACCCAGAGAUUAUUUCAUCUAAAUUUGUCUCAUUUUAAUUGUCAUAGAGAAAUUUCAUCAUACUGAUUCUGAAUGGCAAUACCAGCAAAUAUAUUUCUUAACAUUCUUUACGUACAGUACUGAACAGGGCAAAUUAAUUAAGCAGAAUGUGUUCACCAUAUUAAGAACAAUGAAACUACAAGUUGUCAAAACAGUAUGCCAGUAUUCUCAUAUAAUGUAGAUUCUAGUAUGCAAGCAUUGUUAAAUAGUGCAGAAUCCAGUGUGUUCAGACAUUGACCUUUGAUCUCUGACAAUCUUUUACAUUGCCAAAAUAAAAUCAAAGUACUUCUCCUUUUGUAGUUCAGAUUUGUUCAUACCAUGCACAUACAUGUAGGUCCGGGGCCACACAACAUUUUAUGUUAUAGCAUUAAACACUUGUAGGAGAAUCUUUUUUUUAAGCUCCUCCCCUGGGAGGAGCUAUCAUUUGUCAAAGUAACAUGCAAGAUUCCUGUACUGUAGUUUACUUUCAGUGUUUUCUUCACUUUGUUUAAGUGGUCACUUUUGAUUUGUCCAGUGUCUAUUGGACCAUUUUCAACCAAACUUGUCAUGAAGCAUCUGGACUCAAGUUUCUUUAAAUGAAGGGAUAUGUCAGCCUCCAAGGGAGGGGGGGGGGAUAAAUUAAGGAAUGGGGAAGGGUGUUUUUAAAAAAUCUCAUUAAGAACCACAGAAGUAUAAAAGCCCGGACUUGUAAAACCUUACAAAAUGUAGGUUAAGUUUGUUCAAACCAUGACCCCAGGGGUUGGGGUUCUGAAAAUGCUCUUGAAAAAUGUUUUCAAGAACCACAAGAGAUAUCUUUGAAAAGGUCCUUAAAAAAAACCAUGAGGUUUCAAUGUCUGAAAAUAUUAAUAUAUUUAUAUAAGCAUCCCUAUAUUAAUGUAGAUAAAAGUUUGUUUACACUAGUAGGACCCCUGGAGCAAGGAUGAGAUGUUUACACUAGUAGGACCCCUGGAGCAAGGAUGAGAUAAGAUGGGUUUUAAGUUUUACAUAUUUAGGUGUUAACAGUUAUUAGGGGGGGGGGGGGUCUCCCCUCAAACCAUGACUCAACCAAGGUUGAUGUUCUUGGGAAAAGGGUGCUUUACAUUGUGUAGUUUUAUGUCAUUAAUUAUCAGGAAGUUUUUUGUGAAGUUAAAUGCCAUCAAUAAUCUUGGAAGUGUUUUAUAUGAAUUAUAACAAAGUUAAAAUUUGUGAAGUUACUUGUAAACUUUUCUUUCAGUGUUUGGAAAUAAAGGGCUGUAAGAUUUAUAUUAUAAGACUGUAAGAUUUUUAUUAUAAGACUGUAAGAUUUAUAUUAUAAGGCUGUAAGAUUUAUAUUAUAAGAGUGUUCCAGUCUUGUUUAAGGAAAUAUUUUACAUAUGAUUCAUUAAUUGUAAAGUAAUUAAUGUUUCAAUGCUGCCAAAGUUUGUUUCAUAUCAAAUGCUAUGAUAUGUAGAUAUGCAAUUGCUCACGUAGCUUUUUAGCUUUUAUGCAUAAUACAUGAAUAUUUGGCCUUUUAACCAUGAAAUUUUACCGAAUUAAUUUUAAUGUACAUCUGACGCAAGGUAGAUAGUAAUGAAUAUGAUAUUGAUGGGGAUGUGUUUUGUGCUCAUGAACCUAUGUAUGGAUAAUAAAAAAAAAAUAUGUACCUUCA